AUGAUUGGAUUAGAAGAUGGCAGUUUGCAGCUACUGAAGCAGCUACUUCAACUUGCAAUUGAAAAGAAGAAGCUAAGAGAAGUGAUUGAACUGAUUGGCCCAGAUGGCUAUGGCCUCAUGAUAUCGGCUCUUAAGACCAACCCAGCUGCAGCGAGUCUUAUCCUUCGCACUACUAAAGAGCAUGGCUGUGCGGAUGGGGUCCAUAAUGUGGUGCUCGUACGAGAGGCUGGUCGGAAAGAUGAAGAGAGAAAACUUCUCAACAAAUCACUUGCAAUGCUCAUAACAGAAAUGAAAAGAUUCGAACUUUUGAGUGAGCUGCAACUUUCUCAGAAGGAUUGGAUGCAUUGUGAUGCCAAUGGUGACAACCUGUGGCAUUAUGCUGCGAGAACCCAAGAUCUUCGUGCAAUCGAGCUAUUUCGAAUAUUCGAACUAAAGGGUAUUCCUAUAAAGCCGAACAACCAACAGUCAACGCCUCUUCAUGAGGCUGUGCAGUCUUGUGAUUGUUCUGCAAACUCAGUUCUUGAACCAAUAGAAUACCUGGCAGCAAACUCUCCUCAAGGAGCCCGUGAUACGUUUGGAAGAACACCUCUUCAUUACGCAUUUGCUUCUCGCAAGCAGCUAACAAAAGGUGAGUUGACCCAAGCCACCCGCGAUCCUAUCGCUGUCGUCACGAUUUUAACGAGGAAUAUGACUAAACAGCAGCUUGACUGGGCUGACUGUGAUGGAAACACAGCACUACAUCUUGCCGCUUUCAAGAAUGCAAACAUUUGUGCAGUCACUCUUCUUAGGAAGGGAGUCAGUGUAUCUGUCAACAACAAGGUGAUUACUUCGGUGACCCUAAACUCACUUCAAAACGUUUUGAUUGUUGAAAGGUAG